AUGGAGACUGUUCAAAGAAUCAUCAAACAUCCAAUUGAAACUGCGCAAAAGACAUUCAAUAUGGGUUCCACCGACACAUCAUUCGCAGCCCAUGUGGCAGGCCAAUUUAGCACAUACGAGAAGGAUAGACAGAUGACUUCCAAGGAGGCUAUCUACAGCACCAGCAAUGGCGUCCCGAUGCCUCACCCCUACGAGACACAGCGAUGCGGUGAGAACGGUCCGUUGUUGCUGCAGGAUUUCCACUUGAUCGACCUCCUUUCUCACUUCGACCGCGAGCGCAUUCCGGAGCGUGUCGUGCAUGCCAAGGGCAGCGGCGCUCAUGGCUUCUUCGAGUGUACGAAUCCGAUCCCCGAGCUUACGCAGGCCGAUCUCUUCGGUACCAAGGGCAAGAAGUGCCCUAUCACCGUGCGCUUCUCGACUGUUGGCGGCGAGUCUGGUUCGCCGGAUCUUGCUCGCGACCCCAGAGGAUUCUCCGUCAAAUUCAGAACAGAGGAUGGCAACUGGGACAUGGUGGCGAACAACACGCCCGUUUUCUUCCUGCGAGACCCUGCCAAGUUCCCAAUGUUUAUUCACACACAGAAGCGUGAUCCUCAGACGCAUCUCAACCACAUGGAUGACUCGUUCAUGUUCUGGAACUACUUGAGCGAGAACCCCGAGUCAAUUCACCAAGUCAUGAUCUUGAUGGGUGACCGUGGCAUUCCUGAUGGCUACCGUUUCAUGCACGGCUACGCUGGUCACACGAUGAAGCUCGUCAACAAGGACGGAUCAUGGGUUUACGCCCAGAUUCACAUGAAGUCCCAGCAGGGCACCAAAUUCAUCACCCAAGAGGACUCUCUCACCAAGUCAGCCGACUACUCCGGCAAGGACCUCUUUGAGGCUAUCCAGAACGGCGACUACCCCAAGUGGUCAGUUGAGAUUCAGACCAUGACACCCAAGGAGGCAGAGGAUGCAUGGGAGAACGACAAGAUCAACGUCUUUGACCUCACGCACGUGUGGCCUCAGGGCAAAUACCCCCUCCGCAAGGUGGGCGAGUUCACCUUGAACGAGAACCCUCAGAAUUACUUCGCCGAGGUCGAGCAGGUUGCUUUCAACCCCUCGCACAUGCCCCCCGGCAUCGAGCCCUCCGCCGACCCGGUCCUUCAGUCCCGUCUGUUCUCCUACCCUGAUACCCACCGUCACCGUAUCGGCGUAAACUACCAGCAACUUCCCGUUAACGCACCCAAGACCGCCCACAAGAUGGCCAACUUCCAGCGUGAUGGUGCCAUGGCAUUCUUCAACCAGGGUGCGCGCCCCAACUACCUCAGCUCCAUCGAUCCCGUUCAGUUCAAGGCCCGUACCGUGGACCUGGACAAGACGCAUGGUCACUUUACCGGCCAGGCCAUCACCUUCCUCUCCGAGAUCAGACCAGAGGACUUUGUUGCGCCGCGCGCCCUGUGGCAGAAGGUCUGGGACGAAGACGCACGUGAGCGCUUCAUCAACAACGUCACGGGCAAGAUGGAGCUGUGCAAGAACCCGGAGCCUUUGAAGAAGCAGAUUGCCAUCUUCAGGGAGGUCGAUCCUGAGAUUGCUGAGCGCCUGGAGAAGAGCACCGGUAUCAAGGGAUACGAUGGCAUUGCUAACCUGACUUUCAACGGUACACACAACGGCUUUGCAAGGGAGAAGAAGAACAAGUACGCCAAUGGCAUUGACGUCACGACCUGCCAGAGUCUGACGGAGAACAACGGUGCGCCCAUUAGAGGCACUCAUCGUAACGUUGACAAGGUUGUCAACGGCGAGGGUGCGAGGCACUGA